AUGUCCGGUCUCGACGCGCCGGAGAUCGCAGCGGCCUACGAUGCUGUCCGCUCCGACAAAGAAACAACCAACUGGAUGCUCAUCUCGUACGCGGCCCCCACUGGGAAUAAACUCAUGCUGAGCCAAACGGGCACCGGUGGCCUGGCAGAGCUCUCCUCGGCCCUUGACGACAGUCAAGUGCAGUACGGUUACGCACGUGUCGAAUACGCCAAUGAUAAGGAGAGCACACGGGUCAAAUUCGUUCUGAUUGUGUGGAUUGGAGAGAACACCAAGGUCAUGCGCAAGGCUCGUGUCAGCGUCGAGAGCGGCGACGUCAAGAGGGUUCUGCCGCACCACAGCAUCGCCAUCACAGCCAACGACCGGAACGAGUUGGAUGAGAAGGAUGUGGUGACCCGGCUACGCAAGGCCGGUGGUGCUGAUUAUAACGGGGGCAGAGGCUAG